UCGGUGCGGCCGGAUGUUCGCAUGUUCUCUGUUUUUCCGCGUAAAUUUAAAAGUCGAACGAACGACAAAAGCUUAAAAUGUUUGAUGUUUAAAAAUUUAUAUUCGUUUUCUCAAUUGUUUUGACGCAUUCUUUGAAAGCUAAUUUGUUUUACGAGCGAUCGUAAGUGGUUGUGUUUGUGAUGGAUUCGAUGUACCUAUAAACUUAUGUUCCAAGCGCUUUAGCCCAAAUCACCGGACCCUUACCCUUUUUCACAACAAAUUGGACCAAAACCGUGACUUAUUUUUCACAGUAUUCAUAUCCUCUACCAUAUUGAAGUACUCGGAGUGGACCAAAGUUUAGAACUGUAUAUAUUUUAGAAAAGUGUAUAAAGUAGUGUAGUGUAAUUGUAGUGACUUAUUUAGGUCAAGACAUUAACCAAGUUAUUCAAACGAUAAUCGAUAUCCGACAACAUAUCAGAUUUUAAAAUGUCAGUGCCUACAACUGAUAGUACAGAAGCAAUUACAAAUUCCGGUUACGGAAGCAGCGAUGAGACAGCUAGUUUACUUGUAUCAGGGCCAGCUGUAACCGUUAUUAUUCCAAAUGAGAACAGGAGUGUGAAACCAGUCCUUCAACGCCAGGACUGUACUACACAUUUACGCCCUCAACUCUCCGGUGGACCAGGCAGUGAAGAAAGCGCUGCUUCGAUUAGAGUGGAAGAUGGGACAACUAGAAGUGUUCCCGAUAUAGAAUUACAAUGUAGAGACCAAUGCGAACGUCCUCAAACUUUGGUAUCGCCCGUUGCGAUGUGUUCACACCGCGGGUCCGUCACAUGUCAGCUAGUUCCACACACUUGCAAUAGAUGUCGUGCUUGUGAACGACGUCAGUCAACAGCACCAAUCUCAUCGUUACACCUAGCGCGAUCUGUAUCACGAGAAAGUGUUCGAUCCGGUCUACACUACCCAUGUGGAUGUAGUUCUCUACACGCCGUAAGCGCGUGUCCCGUAAUACAACCUCCAGCGCUAUUACUACCAACCACAAGCAACAGAAUCAUUCGACAAAGUUCUCAGCCGGAAUCUAGCGCAUGCGCGGCGCACUGUGCUCACCAUAGUCACCACCCUAGCGCCUCUCUGCGGCAGCUACGGGAACCAGGAGAUGGAAUUGCAGGAAUCGCGGCAGACUCGCUCAGAAUCAACGGCGGAAUGCGGCCUUUUAAACAGCAGGGACUGCUCCUCUGCCCACAAACCCUGUCGCAGACCCGUCGUGCUCGGCUCAGGCGUGCAUUCACUGAGGCCACGGGAGAUACAGUAACCUACGUCCGCACGCCAGGACUAAAGACGUAUUCACUGCGAAAGCCGGUAUCGACUCUCUCGAUCCCUGGCACGAUGAAGGCGUACUCCGGAAGGGAAGCGACGGAGGAGGCCGGAGUCGCCCUGGUGGGAGUCCACAGCGAGUACCCUCGCUUCGGCGAAGAGAGGGCUCUCGGCGGUGGCACUUAUAAGGGCGGGGGAGCUGCCAAACACAAACCUAAUAUAGGAUAUAGGUUAGGUAGGAGAAAGGCAUUAUUUGAAAAAAGAAAAAGAAUAAGUGAUUACGCGUUAGUAAUGGGAAUGUUUGGUAUAAUUAUUAUGGUUAUAGAAAAUGAACUAUCUAGUGCCGGUGUAUAUAGUAAGGCUUCAAUAUAUUCUCAGGCACUGAAAACUCUUAUAUCAAUGUCAACUGUGAUCUUACUUGGCCUAAUCGUCGCGUACCACGCCUUAGAAAUACAGUUAUUUAUGAUAGACAACUGCGCUGACGAUUGGCGGAUAGCCAUGACGUGGCAAAGGAUAGCACAAAUCGGCCUGGAGUUGAGCAUCUGUGCCGUUCACCCCAUACCUGGACAGUAUACUUUCACGUGGACAACCAAGCUGGCCAAUAAAGGAGGCGUCAUUGGGGUUGAAGUUGGCACAAUUUACAAACAAAUUCAGGUACCUUAUGACGUCACUCUGUCUCUUCCAAUGUUUCUACGGCUUUAUUUAAUAUGCAGAGUCAUGCUACUUCAUAGUAAGCUCUUCACAGACGCUUCUUCGAGGAGUAUAGGAGCCCUCAACAGAAUUAAUUUUAACACAAGAUUUGUAUUGAAGACUCUAAUGACCAUAUGCCCUGGCACCGUGUUACUUGUAUUCAUGGUAUCGCUAUGGAUAAUAGCGAGUUGGACGCUUCGACAAUGCGAAAGGUUUCACGACGAAGAACAUGCUAAUCUGCUCAAUGCGAUGUGGCUUAUCGCAAUUACUUUUCUCUCCGUUGGUUUUGGUGACAUUGUGCCAAACACAUAUUGUGGCAGAGGUAUAGCCGUAAGCACCGGUAUUAUGGGAGCUGGAUGCACUGCGUUAUUAGUCGCGGUUGUUUCAAGAAAAUUAGAAUUAACUAGAGCUGAGAAGCACGUUCAUAACUUCAUGAUGGACACACAACUUACUAAAAGACUGAAAAAUGCCGCAGCAAAUGUUCUGCGGGAAACGUGGUUAAUAUACAAACAUACACGGCGUGUGAAAAGGGUGGACCCAGGGCGAGUAAGGACUCAUCAAAGGAAAUUUUUAUUAGCUAUUUACGCCUUAAGAAAAGUGAAAAUGGACCAGAGAAAACUGAUGGACAACGCAAAUACAAUAACAGACAUGGCUAAGACCCAGAAUACCGUGUACGAGAUUGUAUCAGACAUGAGCUCAAGACAAGAUAGUAUAGAAGAGAGAUUGACUAGUUUAGAAGAAAAAUUAUCUACACUACAGGAGCAAGUAAACAGCCUACCAGAUAUGAUGGCUCGAUGUCUGCAGCAGUGCUGGGAGCGAGCUGAACAGAGGCGGAACUUCCUCCAUCCAGAUGCAGCAGCUGUGCCAACGCCCCCCGCACCUAAUAUUUCUCCAUAUGCCAGAACAAUGCCACCUACUCAUGGUUGGCCGGCGAGCCCAACAACGGCGCGAGCGCACUCCGCCCCUGAGAGCGCGGGCCCAGCACCCCGCCCGCCCCUGCCCAGCUGAGUACCGCCUAACUCCGAACUGCUGUGCUGAACUCGACGCUACUCGGCUCCCUCCGCCCCUCACCCCAACCACGGGUAAACUCUUUCACCGGCAGAUAGCAUCAACAAAGCACUUUCUUUUAAGUCGUUUGACACUUUAAAAUACUGUACAGAGGUAAUUCUAAUUAAAAAACUAAUACACAAUACUUAUCCACAGCGUUAGUAUGAUUCAGUUCCUCAUUCAAAGGAAAGUAGUUUAGACUCUCAUGCGAUUUUAGUUCGUAAUACCAUUUGUGUAAGGAUUUCUUAUGAAAUAGCGCCACAUAUCAUUAAAAUCGCAAACAUGUUGAAAAUCGUCUGCUGAUGAUUAAGUUGUUUCAGACAAACAAUAUUUAGGACGCAUAAAUCCCAUAAAUAAAUAGUCAGUAACAAGAAAGCAUAAUUAAAUAUUUUCAUAAGGGACAUUAACAUUUAAUAAUUGUUUCCGCUAUAAUAACAAUUUGUUUUGUUCAAUAAAGCAAUGGAUAAUUAAAAUGCAUUACAGAUACAAAAACUGAAAACAUUUCGAUGACUUUACCGACUCUUUUAUACUUAUUUAUAAUGGUGUUAAGUGCUGAAAUGUGAAAUGUUUACCCCGGAUGAGCGGAGAGGCCGCAGUUUAGUUCGCUGUUCCCAAGUUUCGGAAGUGUUAGUGAAUAAAGGACCUGGAUGCUUUAUAGACGCUUAGCCAACAUUAGAUUUGUUUAUACUAUGUAUAACAAACGUUCAUGUUUACAAGGAACCAAUUAAUUUAUAUUAAAUUUAAAUAUAUCACUUAUGAAUAUCGUAUGAAUUAGUGGUUCUAUUUUAGUUGUAAUAUUUACGUCGAUUGCAUAUAUGUUUAUUAAAUAAAACACUGCUAUAAACGCAAACUUAAAUACUUUAGUCUCUGCCUACACGGGUUUAAAUACGCUGACAAUCAUUUACUCUCCUGUAAUGCCAGCUCAAAACUAGUAGCAUUAUUUAAAGACCCGCAACGGACAUAUGAUAUUGCGACGAAUUUCAAAUUUAUUUAAAGUGAGAAAAUGGCAAUACUUUGAGAAAAGCAGUAUUUUAUUUAAUUAAUGCACUGUUAGCUGCUCCACCGAGUAACUUAAAUAAAUGUUUGAAAGUACUGUAAACGUCACGGAUAAUAGACCAGAUAAUAGACUCAUAGUCUUAGUUACUAGUGUAACUUGCAUGUGUUCUAACGUCAUGAACAUAGCUACUAUAAGUUUAGAACUGAAAGACUAUUAUUAAAUAUUUAUGUCUUGUGGACAUUUUAUAUUAAAUUAUGAAAAAUAACCUGAUGGUUUUUAGACAAACUCAAGAUAUACCUGAAAAACUGUGACCGUUCCAAAAUGGCAAAAAAAUAAUACCACAUUACAAAAUUGUUACUAUUGUGCCAUUUUUUUGCUGAGCGGAAUCCUUUACUCCUAUAUUAUUGCGAUCCACAGAUGGAGGAGUAAUGACACAUAAAAUUUGACGAAUUACAUACAAGUCUUCUAUUACCUUACGGUAUAUGGUCAGAUUGAUUGUUUACAAGUUCCUUUUGACGAUGUAGAUCUCGUAAAUAAACGGUGGUUAAAUUGAACCCUAUUUUCUAAGACCGAAAUUUGAUUAUUGUGCGCCAUAGGGCAGUAAUAAUAACCGAAAGAUCCUUGUACCACCUUAAAACGACACGGAAUUAUGUAAAUUAAUUACAAUUGUUUUCUGACGUAAUAAUGUGUUCAUAAUGACAAGAAGCAAUGUUUCAUUGAUGUUAUAUCGUAUGUGUCAAAGGGUGAGUUGCUUCAAACCAAAUGUACUUCCUUAUAAAACGUAGAUUAAAGAUUAUCUGUGUUUGUCUAUGUUCUAUAAGGACGGAAAUGUCAAAUAUUGACAGAUUGAUAACAAUUAACCUUUGUUUACACUAAUUAUAAAAUUUAACAUACGUCAUAUGAGGCAAAUUUAUUCAAUUUUAUCGAUAAAUAACGAGAUUUUAACAAACAAUCGAUUAUUCCCUAAAUUGAACUAGGUGUAUGUAAAACAAUGCUAUAUAAUAUAUACCCACUUGAUAAAUUUCUGCUAAUUCUGAGAAUUAUUUAUCACAAACCUUUUAAUAUAUACACUCCUUUAGAUUAGACAAAAUUGUUACCUACUUAACGAUAUAGUUUGUAAUUUUUUAUAAAAAUUAGCGUAAGUAAAGCUUGAUUUUAAGAUAUUAAUAUUGAUGGCUGUCUAAAUAGUGCCUAAAACACUACAAAAAUUUCGAUUAUUCAGUUUUAUUAAUUAGAUGUUAUGAAUGUAUAUAAUAUAUUGAGGAUAUAACAUAGGAGAGUCAUGGGAACAAUUUAUUUAUAUAUUUUCGUUUAGUAUAAAUUAGUAUAAUAUAUAUGGACUAAGUAUUUAAAAUUUUUGUUAUUCAAGUCUUGUAAUUCAACGACAAUAAGUUCAUUAGUAAAAAUGCACACACGCUAUUCAGAAGGCCUCUUUUAUUAUAACCAGAUAUAGAAUAUUCAGAUAAAUUCUAGACUAUUCUUAAAAUAGUAAACGAAGUCGGAAAAAAUCUAUUGCGAGGAAUAUAUUCCCUAAAAGAACGAAUAUUAUAUUUUUAAGUUAAUCAUGUGUAUUUCAGAGAUAUCCUUCGUUAUUGAAAAGUCUAGCCUAGCGUCCGGAUUUA